AUGCCUCCUCCCAUUGAAGAUAUAUCCGACGAGGAAUCUGGCGAUAUUCCUUUCAGUGGUGCGCCAAAGACGAAUGGCAAAGAUACCCAGGACCCCCGGAAGACGAAGAAGACGAAGACGAAGAAGACGAAGAUGAAGAUGAAGAUGAGGAAGAGGGGCUGUGACUACGUCGUCGAGGAUAUUAUUGAACACGCCUGGCUUGAUGAUGGAACCCUUAAGCUCUGGGUGAAAUGGAAGGGUUAUGACAAAAUUGAAGAUCGCACAUGGGAAGAGGAGGAUGGUCUCAUGUACGUUUAUGCGCUCAUUGAGCUUCGGCAUGUGCUAUGCGCAUUUAUUGACAAAAAGAAACAUAGGGAUGGAGCCAGCGAUAUUGUCACAGCAUACUACAAGAGGAUCGGUGGUCGUCCGAAGAAGCCCGAAGAUAAGCCCAAGGCGGCAAAGCCAGGUCGCAAGCGCAAAUCUCUGGGUGAUUCGAAGCUAGCUACGCCCGCACCGGCCCCCUCAACGAGCGAAGCCAAGAGACAGCGCCGAAAGUCAGCGCCCAAAGAGACGACCAAGCAAGCUUCCCCCGAGUCCGAAGAAAAUGGCAUUCAAUGGCUUCCAAAGGGGAAGAACUGGGAUAAGGAUGUGAAAACGGUGGACACGAUUGUCCGGGAGGGCGACGCGGGUCUCAUGGCCUGGCUCGAGUUCAACAACGGACACAGAGCGAAACUGUCUAUCCAGGUCUGCUAUGAAAGAUGUCCUUUGAAAAUGCUCAAAUUUUACGAAUCGCAUCUGUGA